AUGGAGAUGGUUGAUGAUGGAUCUACAGGUGGGAGAGAUCGAACGACUGAGGAAGAAGACUUGAUUCUGCGGAGUGUGAAGAAACCUAAAGGGGUGACAUUAGUUGAUGACAACAUGGACGAUUUUAUGCUGGAAAAGCUGGAUGUUGAAGGUAGCGAAGAAGCCAAGGCUUCUUGCGCGGAGGGUGACUGUACGAAGAAGGAGGGUAAUGGUACGAGGGUUAUCUCGUACAAAGAUAAGUUGUUAAGGCUGAAUGAGGGAGAAGGCUUUUCGGAGGGAGAGGCAGACGAUUGGAAGGAAAUUCAACGCAAGGAAGAGGAGGAGGAUGGGUGUGAUGAGGAUCUUAGUCACGGUGCUGUGGAGGAUCCCCUAUGUCCAGUUCUCCGUCUUUCUAAGAGCGAGCACAAGGGAAGUUGUAAACAGUGGAGGAAGGCCCUUAUCAUUAAGUUGAUGGGGAAGAAAAUAGGGACGCGGUUCUUGAUGGCACGUUUGCAGAGGCUUUGGAACCUGGUUUCUACGUACGAGUUGAUAGAUCUGGAUAAUGGGUUCCUUCUCCUAAGGUUCCAUGAUGAUGGGGAUUACGUGCAUGUGCUGGAGGAGGGUCCUUGGGUGGUUGCUGAUCACUAUAUUGUGGUUCAAAGGUGGUUCCCUUUCUUCGACCCGUAUGAUGAAGACUUCAGGAAGCUUGCUGUAAAUUCCUUGAGGAAAAAUGAUUUGGGGGAUGUGGUUAUCACUGAGAGAGCAAAGUUUGCAAGAAUUUGUGUGGAAGUGGAUCUUAGAAAGACACUGCUUUCGAAAUUCACGGUUGAUGAUAAGGUAUACCAGGUUGGAUAUGAAGGGAUUCACCUUAUUUGUUUUAAGUGUGGUGUUUAUGGUCACAGGAAGGAUAAGUGUGAUGACUUAUCUACUCAAAAUCAGGGGAGACCUAUGGAGGUGGAUGUGAAUGGUCAGCAGCCCUUGGAGGGAAAUCCUGGUGUUGGUAGUAAGACAAGCCAGGAGGUUGAGGAAGCUUUUGGGAGUUGGAUGGUGGUUCAGAAACCUAAGAGGGGAGGGAAACCUAGAUUUGUCCAGGAGAAGAGGGUGUUUGUGAAGGAAGAGGUUCCUGUGGUUAGUUCGAAGGAUGCUAGGGAGGAUGUUAGGGGUUCCAGAUGGGAUGAAGGGGAAGGGAGUCUUGGUUCUCAGAAAGAAACGGGUGAGAAGGACUCUUCAAUUCCUGUUUUGAGUUCGAACAAGAAUGGUGAUUCAAAGCAAUCUGAGCCUAAAGGGGAGAUGGUAGCUGGAAUUGAGGGCAAUGCUGGAGCUGCUAGUCCAAAGAACUCAACCAAGAGUUUGAGGCAGGACAGCUUGGGGCAGAAGAGAGGGAUUCUGAAGGACAACAGAAGCAAGAUUGGUAGUAGUGGUUCCAAGCUCAGUAAAGCAGCCUCUAGUGAUCAUAGGAAGGGUGAAGUUGAGAAUCUUCCUCCGAAUGCUGGUCAGAGUGGAGCUGAGCAAGGGAAGAAACCUAGGGCUAAAGUGAAGUCCUUGCCACUAGGAGGAUAUGGAGGCUCGGGUGAGGAGGUUCAAGCUAAGAUUAAAGGAGAUGAGUAUAGAGGACCAGCCUACUCCCUCAGGGGGGGGGUAGGGAAAAAAGAGUUUCCUGCCCUUAUUAAAGAUUUGAAAUUUCGAUUUAAGAUUAGCAUUCUGGCUUUAGUUGAGACUAGGAUAAGUGGUUGUAGAGGGGAUAAAAUCAUAAAAAAGUUGGGUUUCAAUAAAAGCUUUAAACAUGAGGCUGUGGGUUUUGCUGGGGGGAUUUGGCUCCUAUGGGAUGACAUGAAAGUCAAAGUCGAAAUUGCUUAUGACCAUAAUCAGUAUAUUCACACUAGAGUUGUGCAUGUGGAGGAUGACAGAAGUGAGUUUGUGACCUUUGUUUAUGGCAACCCGAGAAGGUUGGAUAGGCAGGUGUUAUGGGAGAGGUUGGAGCUCAUCUCUCAGGAGAUGGUUGGGCCUUGGAUUGUAUUAGGGGAUUUUAACUCUGUUCAAAAGGGGUGUGAGAAAGUAGGGGGAAAAGAAGCUUCCCUAAUCAGUAUGAAUGAGAUGAAUUCUUGCUUGAUGAAUUGUGAGCUGGAGGAUAUAGGUUUCAAAGGUCCUAAUUUUACUUGGAAGAGGGGAAUUCUGCAGGAAAGGUUGGAUAGGGCUUGUGCUAAUGAAGCUUGGGUUCUUAACUGGCCGAAUAGGUUUGUGACUCAUCUUCCUUUCCUGAAUUCUGAUCGCAGACCUAUAUUGCUUGCCUACGAUGAGGUCCAUAAGGCUGAUGCUAGGGAGAGACCUUUUAAGUUCCUUGCUUCUUGGAUGACUGUUGAUGGGUUUGAGGAUGUUGUAAGGAGUAGCUGGAAUAGAUUCUUUGACUGGGGUCCUGCUAGAAAUGAGUUUGAAAGGAGGGCUAAAGAUUGGCACCAUAGUGUGUACAGACUGAAUAUGAGAAAGAAGAAUAACAUAUAUGCUAGACUUAGGGGGAUUGACAAUUAUAGGAUGGGUAGGUAUGACCAUAGCAUGGAGAUCCUUCAGAGAAGCUUGUGGAAGGAGCUUCAGGAAAUUUUGGUUAGGGAGGAGUUAGACUGGUUUCAAAGGUCUAGGUGCCAAUGGCUGAAAUUUGGUGAUAAGAAUACAAAGUUUUUCCAUUCAGCUGCUAUAUCUAGAAGAAGGCAUAAUAAGGUGAUUGCCCUUAAAGAUGAGGAUGGGAAUUGGGUCAGUGACAAGGAGGAACUCUGCACUCUAGCAAGUUGUUAUUUUGAGAAGCUCUUUGCUCCUGGUGAUGUUGAGGUGGAGGAAUUUCCAGUGAAAGGUUUGUUUCCCAUUCUUGAUAAUAAGGAGUUGGACUAG